CUCUACUCUCAAACCUCCAGCAUGGCCCCACACAACAGCCUGUUGCAAACCACUCACCCACGUCGUGGCACGACGGAGGGCCCGACCUUCACUCCAUUUCCGCGUCUUCCUACCGAAUUGCGCUUCAAAAUAUGGAAAGUCUUAUUUAGGCCCCGUCGUGUGAUACUCUGGUAUAGAGGUCGCCAGCCUUCCGAUGACCAGGAGCAAUAUAUACUAGUCAACCGCGAGGCUCGUCAGGAUUUCCUCGAGAACUACGCUCGUCACUUCAUUGAAUACGACGGGAAGAGGGGGUAUUACCUGAACUUCAAUCUGGACAGUAUCUGCUUUUCGUCGAUGUUGUUAUUUGUUGAAGCGAUAUCUCUCGACGAGGACGACAUGGCACGUAUCAAGAAACUUGAGAUUACACCCAAACCAGUUGCUGAUCACAUGGGGCUGGGCAGGGGCGGGCCAAAGAUUAGUUUGAAAGGCAUGACCAGUCUUGAACUCGUCACCCUCCGCUUGAAGUCAGGACUUGGAAUAGAAAUGAAAGAGAGGAUUGGGAAUACAUGCAGGAUCUCAUGGAAGAUACAUUCGAAAACAUCCGCGGAUCUUUAGUCCGACAGUGCGAUCCCACAAAGCCCUACUCUGGACCGAAGUUAGCAGUAAUCUUCCCCAGCACAAGCCAAUAGAAGGAGGAAAUCUAUUUGGACACUGCUGGAGAUCUUGAUCACUUCAGCUACGGAAUUGUUCAUUGGAACAACACAGCCCCACUAUGUGUCCACGAUCUGAAUAACUUCAAGAUAGAAACCUGGAUAGAGCAGAAUGCUCAGCUAGCGACACAUAAAGGCAACAUCAUGGUCCGUCUGAGAAACUCUAGGACAUUGCGUAGCAGACCCGAGAAGAAACUCUACUGGGAGAACAGGUUGAGAUCCGGGAUGAGAUCGGCCUCUCGAGGAUUGUGAGCAGUCUAUAGGCGGCAUGGACCAGCUUUAACUGAAAUGGCUUGCACCCGGUAUUCUCGAGAGUUGCAAGAUGGUGACAAGUCUUAGAUUAGGCUCCAGCUGUACCGAAUUGCGCUCAACAAAUUUCAACCUC